AUGAGCAUAGAAAAAGAUGUAGUUUAUGUUGGUAUUGAUUUAGGUACCACAUUUAGUUCUGCUUGUGAAAUAAUAAAUGGUCGUCCUUUUAUUUAUAAGUCUGAAUUUGAAAGAGACUCAAUCCGUUCAUGUGUUGCAUUUACAAAUUCACAAUGUUUAGUUGGUAUUAAUGAUAAAGCAGGAAAGAACACAAUUUUUGAAGUAAAAAGACUUAUAGGUAAACGUAUGAGUAGUCAGGACAUUGAUGUAGCACAACUUCGAAAACAUUUACUAAAUAAUAUUAUUCCAUUAAGAGAUGAUAAAAUGGGAGUUGAAAUUGAAAGACCUGCAAAGAAAGGGGUAAAAAGACAAUUAAUUCGUCUUCUUCCUGAACAAGUCUCAGCUUUAAUUUUAUUAAAAAUAAAAGACCUUAUAUUAAAAGUACAUCCUAAUGUUACAGUCAAAGCAGUUGUAGGAGUUCCAGCAGCAUUUGGAGAUGAUGAAAGAAAAGCAACUGAACAAGCCAUAAAAAUGGCAGGGAUUGAACCAAUAAGAAUGGUAAAUGAACCUACAGCUGCUGCAAUGGCGUAUGAAAAAAAAGAUGGUGUAUUAUAUGUUUUUGACUUUGGAGGAGGAACAUUAGAUAUUUCUGUUAUUAAAUUUGUAGAAGGAGUAAUGCAAAUAAAAACAACAAUAGGAGAUCCAUUUCUUGGAGGAAAUGAUAUUGACUUUAACAUUCAAAAGUAUUUAAUUGAAGAAAUAAAAAAGAGAGCAGAUGACUUAGGGGUUGAUGAAGAAGAAGUAAUUACUGCAAUUGAAAAUAAAAAAAGUAAAAUAAAGAAUUAUGCAGAAGAAUUGAAAAUUAAAUUGUCAAAUAGCUAUGUUAAUAAAAGAGAAGUAGCUCAAGCUGAAUGUUUAAUAGAAAUAGGUAUUGAAGCUUUAGAAGAACCAUUUGAACUAACAUAUAGUAAAUUCUUAGAAUUAAAUCAAGAAAUCUUUAAUAGAUGUAAAGAAUUAAUGAUAAAAGCUCUUCAAAGAAGUAGAUAUAAUAAAAAUGCAAUUGACCACGUACUAAUGGUAGGAGGUUCAUGUAAAUGCCCAGCAAUUAAGGCAAUGCUAGUUGAUUUCUUUGGGAACGACAAAGUAGAUCAAACAAAUGUUGAUUUUGAUUUAUUGGUAUGUAAGGGGUGUGCACUUUGUGCACAAUCAAUUGGGGAAGAUAUUUCAAAUAUAUUAGAAGGAGAAAUUGCAUCUAAAACUAUUGGAAUUGAAUUAAUGGAUGUUAGUAGGAAAAAAAAAAUUAUUGAACCAAUUAUUAAAGCUGGAACUCCAAUCCCAUAUGAAACAAAAAGAGUAUUUGUUACAACAGUUGACUAUCAAAAAGAGUUAUCAUUAAAACUUUAUGAAGACAAAAGUUUCUUAACAAGUCUUGCAAUAUCACCAUUACCAACAAUGAUUGCAGGUUUUGUUGAAGUUGAAGUUACAUUUUCUAUUGGGGGUGAUGGUAAAUUAUUAACUAAAGCCAAAGUAAUAAAUCCUCCAAAUAUAUCUUUAGAAAAACAAUGUGUAGCAAUGCCACAACAUCAAAAUUAUAGUGAACUCGAAAUAAUUGAAAAUUCAAAAGUAAUAAAGGCUUUAUAUUACUCAAAGUAA